AUGGGGAGGGUCAAGCUGAAGAUCAAGAAGCUGGAGAACAGCAGCGGGCGGCAGGUCACCUACUCGAAACGGCGGUCGGGCAUCCUCAAGAAGGCCAAGGAGCUGUCCAUACUGUGCGACAUUGAUCUCAUCCUCCUCAUGUUCUCGCCCUCGGGGAAGCCGACCGUCUGCAUCGGCGAGAAGAGCAACAUUGAGGAAGUCAUAGCAAAAUAUGCGCAGCUUACCCCUCAGGAAAGGGCUAAAAGGAAAUUGGAGAGUUUAGAAGCCCUGAAGAAGACUUUCAAGAAGCUAGACCACGAUGUAAAUAUUCAGGACUUCUUAGGCUCUGGGGGUCAGACAGUCGAGGAGUUGUCAAGCCAUAUCGGUUCAUUGCAAUGUCAAAUGGCAGACGUUCAAAAGCGCCUCAGUUAUUGGGGUGAUCCUGAGAAGAUUGAGAAUAUCGAUCACAUAAGAGGAAUGGAGCAAUCACUCAAAGAAUCUCUUAACCGCAUCCGAAUCCAUAAAGAGAACUUCGCAAAGCAACACCUGAUCGGCCUGCAGUGUGCUGCUGCUCAGUUCCAGACCGACAUGCAGUUGCCUCUGGGACUGACCGGUGACCCGGGCCCUUCGUCGUGGUUUCAGAACGGCGGUGCUGAUGGGCAGCAAACAAUGAUGCUACCAGACGACUCCGGCCUGCUUCAUCAGAGGGACAUCGGUUGCUCGACGAGCACGUCGCUGCAGAGCUACCCGGGCUACUUCAGCAUGAGCAAGCAAUCGACGGACACCGGCGGCGGCAGCGAGCAUGGGCAGCCGGCGGUGCACCAGCAGCCGCCGGACUUCGGCCAAGCCGAGUGCCUGACGCACCUGGGCGCACAGUUCCCGUACACGCCCUUCGACACAAGCCUCUUCAACGAAAGGAUGUUCAGGCCGGACGCCAUGGAGCUGCACGACGGCAGUGCGGGCAUCGACUUCGGCGGCGGCCACUUUGGCAUGCCCAGGCCCGGCGACGAGGCAAGCUUCCAAAACUGGGCAUCGGCAGCAUGCGGCGCGGCCAUGUUCGACCACCAUCAGCAGCAGCAGCAUCACCAGCAGCAACAGCCAUCUUCUGCACAAGUGAGUUCCAUGUCCGAGCUCAUGCAAGUGCCCGUACACAAGAACGACUUGCAUUUGCCAUUACUGUAA